CCGUUUGUGUCCUUUUUGUUUCCCCUUUGCCUACUGGCAGCAAAACCAAAACGCUUUUUAGAGUAGGAAAUUGCAAGCAAACGCUGGCGUAUGUUUCUUAAUUAUUUCUGUGGUUUACAAGUUAAAUUGCAAAAGUCGCGCUCUCAGCAGCCUUUUUUCAAAAACAAAUCGCCAGUAUCAACAUGGCCAACCUGCUCAACAUUAACACGCACCAUCACCGGCGAGAGAGUAGCUCUCCAAAGUGGGUGGAUACCUCGGCGCCCGUUCUCUCACCUCGCCGUAAGCUCUCGGUCAUGGACGUGGCCACAUCUCCCCUCGCUGUCAACUUUCACACCUGGAGGAUUAAUGCUCUCACCAACAAUGCUCUGAGGCAUGUCCAGUUUUUGGAACGGGCCCAACAGGCAUUUGAUCACGUUGAUGACAAAGUCGCAAAGAAAGCCCUCAGAGUCCUCAAGGACUUGGGCAUCUCAGUUGACACAAAAAGUCACCCAGAGUGGUCUCCCCUUUAUGCGGGAUUCAUUGAACUCCUCAAGGCCCAAUGUUCCAUCGUAUCUGAUACCGACUGGUUGGUGGCCAUCAGGACGUUCUUGACUGAUUAUGCCGACUUGUUUGAAGACUUUAAAGAUGCUUUUGGAAUACGUGAAGAAGAGAUUGCUACAGAAUCUGUCGCAGGCGAUACGUCCUUUGCUGCCGCUGCGGCCGAGGGCGGCAAACUCUCGAGGAGGUCUAGCAGCAAAGUCACCUUUUCGCCACCUCCCGAAGUGGCAGAAGGCGGACAUCCGUACUUUCCUCCAACGCCCGCACCUCUUCACCUUGACAUCUCUCCGUUCGAUACGAAAUUGCAAAUCAAGUCCCCGUCGCCCAUGAGCUCUACCCCUGCCAGCCCCAUGCAAGCCGACCCUGACCCGGAGCCCACCGAAGUUUGUCUUAAUGGCCAUUACAUUGCAUAUGAUCUUCACGUUGCCAUGAUGGACCGCCCGAAUGAAAUGCGGGACCUUUUCGCCCGCAAUCCAGACAUUUUCGAAAACAUUCGCAAAAGCUGCUGUCCAAGUGAAACAGACUGGGAGAACCUCCAAGAACUAUUUUACAUUCCCCGUGAUCAUAUGGACGAUUUAACCUGGAUGCGGUCCAUUGGGGCUAAGAUGCAGGACGGACCGAGCCUUUUGGCGAUUCUGAAAGAGUUGGUUGGGUAUGAUAUGUAUGAAGAGGUGUUAGAGGGUUCUGACGAUGAAGGAAGUGAUCGCAGUUUCGAGGACGAAUACGAGGCGAUACACAAGGAGGAUAAUGCUGUGGAGGAACCAAAAAAGGUUGAGUGGCUGGAUUCGAUUGUCAAGAUGAGAGAGUUUCCGGAAAUGAUGGCUAGGCUGGAAAGUGACUAUCCCCAAUUUUUUGCCAACGUCAAAAAGGCCCUCACGCCGCACCAUCAUCACCCCCAUACGCACGAUCACCCUACGCACGAUCACGAGCACACCCCGACAUCUCCGACGCCCUCCGAGUAUGAGCGCUUCCUCACACUCUUUUUCAGCGCCCCGGCGGACGUGACGGACCAAGAGUGGGCCGCAGGGGUGCAAAAGUAUAUGAGGUCGAGUCAACUGUUGGAGCAAUUACGAGAGAUUGCUGUUUAUGAAUUGGACAUUGAUGAGGCCAAGCUGUCGAGUUCGGCAUUACCUCUCGGCGAAGUACAAGAAGAGGACGCAAUUCCGUCCGACCAAGACACCUCUGGCCUAGUCGUGGUCAAAGUCCGCUCUGACCCUGCGAACCUCCGCAACCUGGAAACCGAGCACCCCCUUUUCUUUAACCUUCUUCAAAAACACCUCACAUCGCAUGAUGACUACAACCGGUUCAUUCGCGCACUGUACGCCCCACGCUCCGCCAUCCCCGACGACAAAUGGGAAGCACUCAUUACGCACCGGUUUCUGUCGUCUUCUAAACGGUUACGCCAAAUGUUUCGCGAGGUCGUUGAGGCGGUUGUGCUCUCCACAUCUGAAAUUAUGGAUUCCGAUGAUGAAGAGUGGACGGGGCGGUUUCGUGUUCCCAUCCGAGGCGCUGAGGACGGUCCUUUGAAACUGCUUCGGUUGGAAGUCGUCCACCCUGAACUGUUUGGAAGGAUCAAGAAGAGGGUUGGAGAUGCCUAUGGGAGGUUUCGUUCUCUGUUGGCUUUACCCCGCGAUGAUGUUCCAGAUGAUGUCUGGGCAGAACGGGUGGAAGGGUUCUUGGACGCAGAUGUGAAAUUGCUUCAAGAAUUUGCGAGCGUCGCUGGGAUUCAACAGAUUCCCAAAUCCGAAUCUGAAUCCGAACCACAACCUGACACUUCCGUCCAAGCCCCUCCUCAGCCACCCUCUCCAACUCCCUCAACAAGUACAUCCACCCAAUACGCCAUCAGAGAUCAACUCCCCUCUCUCCUCGCCAGUCUCCAUACGUACCUUUCCCUUAAACAAACUAUUCAGGACGAAAGAUUGUUUGGGAAACUCGUUCAUGCGUCUAUUGAGCAGCGCGAGAGCGUAAAGUUGGCGGCUCGAGAAGGUGAAGCGGAUCAGAAUGAGGGGGAGAUGAAAAAAGUUUUGGCUGAUGUCGUCAAUGAGGUUGUGGGGUUGGAGAGUGAUGUUGGCAAAAAGUUUGUGGGAUGGAUAGGUGCAGUUGAUGAGUCGAUGUGGUGAAUGUUAUAAUGUGGUUCUUUUUGUGUAUUUUAUUUUGUUUUUGAAACCACAGCUUUGUUUAUUGAAUUGUUGCGAAUUUUUGGGGCUAGGAUACCACCUGUCUAUCCUUC